AUGGAGAGUGCAGAAGGCUGCAACGGCAAGGAUUUGCCAAACGGCCAGCUCAAUGGAACCGCAGAGGAGUCAGAGCAGGAUGCAAACUCCAUGGCGAAUGAAUUGCUUUACAAAGUGAAAAUCAAGACACUGGCAGGAAACCUUACUCAAGAACCGACACUCAAUGCCGGUGAUACGUUGUUGGAUGUGAGGCAUUUCUUGUCGGAGACUCUGGAAACCUGCUACUUCACACACUACCUGUUGAAACAUGACGGUGCCGAUGUUAAUGACUUUGUUGAGAUCAACACCUUGGCGACUCCAGAGCAGGAAGAGACUGCAAGGCAGUCUAAAGGCACCAAGGAGAUUGAAAUCUCAUUGCAAAUGGUGGAGGCCUGCUAUGAGGAACGUUCGGUGCGUGCUCACGUCAAGAAGCUGCGUGAGAUCCUUGCUCCGCCUAAAGUCACGCCCGGCAAUGCAGUGUACCAGCUGUUACCAACUCUGAACAGUGAAGGUCAGCUAGUUCUGUCCGCCUUGGACCAAGAAGCUGGUGAUCGGUUGGCUAAUGGUGAGAACGAAGACCGAGGGCCUCUUGAGACUUCUUCGUUGAGAGAACUCCUCGCGUAUGACUUUGGCAUGGACUUGUCCCUGAAAGAGUCGCGCUGUCUGAAAUCUAUUUCUCUGUCUGCUUUGAACCCUGUUCCUGGGUACAGAAAGGUGCAGGGUGACAUCGCCUAUUACGACGUGGUUCUUGCUGACGACCGUCGGGUUUGUGUCACAGCAUCUGUGAGGGGCUUCUUUGUGAAUAGGACAAUCUAUGGGGAAGCACUUAAUCCUCUGCACCAUGAGACUUACUCUCAGACGUCUUACACGCUGGUUGGUCUCCUUUGCCUUAUCUCGUCUGCUUUCAAGAGGAACUGGACUAAACUGAUUUCGAGCCGCCAAGCACGAGACCCCUUCGAAUCAUGGUCCUCACAAUCAACAUUCAUUAGUUGGGUUUCGACGAAAUCAGAGUGUUCACCAGAUCCCAGCAGACUUGAAGACUCCCUGGUCUCUGUCUACGGUUUGGAAGUUGGUGCGAGUGCUCGAGAUUGGAAUGAAGAGUAUCAAGGUGGGAAGGAACUUCCAAAGUCGAUGCGACGAGAAUAUUUCCUCCGCGAUCGUACCUUGUUUAAGACGACCUCGGAUUUCCUUGAAGCUGCUACUCGUGGUGCAAUCGCUGUGGUAGAGAACUGUGUUCCUUCGAUGAACCCCAUGGAUCCUAUCUCUGAACAAAUGUUCCAGUACAACAACAUAUUUUUUUCAUACGCAACGAUGUCCAAGGACAAGUCACAAGAUGCCUACUUCAGUGAGCAAGCUACGUACAUUUCAACAAACCAGGAUUUGAUUGGGAUUGCUCAAAUCAAUGCGCUUGAGACAGAUGGAUUGUUUACCUUGGCAACCGCCCUAAUCGAUUACAGGGGCUCUCGAGUUGUUGCACAAGUGAUUAUCCCGGGUAUUUUGCAAGGAGAGCAGAUCAAUUCAGUCCUGCACGGCUCUGUGGAAAAUGGCAAGAAGUAUCUCUGGACACCAGAAUCACACGAGAGUCUUCUGCAGAUUGCAAAAAAAAUGCAUAUGAAAGAAAGCAUGAUUGUAGAUGGAUCUGGUACAGAACACAAAGUUUGCUUUCCGGCUGAAUGCAAGAUGAUAAGUGGCGUCGAUGGAAGGAAGUACUUGUUGGAUCUGCUCCGAAUAAUGCCACCUGAUAUGAAUGUGAACGACCAUCGUGCUGAUUCUGCUUUUCUCCGCCCUGAACUUAUCAGGUCAUAUUCCAUUUCUAAAGUAAUCGCCAGUGUGAACCAGGCAGCUGAAAGUGAGAAGGAGCACAGUGAAGAAGAAGCCAAGAACCAUCUCGCCAAGAUAGCGUUCAAUGUAAACUUUGUUAGGAAUCCCGAGGAUCUGUCAGAGGAAUCCUGGCGUCCAGUCUGCGAUGACAGAGCAGCAGAUGAAGCUGAGCUUGUUGAGGCUGGCAAAUACCUUGUCGACACAGUGCUUCCUUCCCUUAUCAACCAAUUUAAGUUUCUGGAGCUUUCACCAGUUGAGGGAAAGCAGCUGAAGGAAGCCUUGCAUUCUCAUGGAGUCAACAUGCGCUAUCUCGGAUCUUUGCAUGAGCUUGCAGCCGAGAUUCCUUUUGUUCAAAUUCUAUGUGAAAGGGAGAUCAUCGCUCGUUGCUGCAAGUACAUUUUGAGGUCUGGCCUCCUUCGUACUGGUCCGAGUCAUUUGGCCUUCGUGUGCCAACGGUUUGGCAUUCAAUUACAGGCAAGGGAGUAUGAUUUCAAGGCCCCGCAACCAUUUGCUCAGGAGGACAUUCUUCAAUUGUUUCCUGUCACAAAGGGAGUUUCUCAUGAGUGCAAGGAGGCGCAGGAAUUGUUGUCAGCAGGGAAGAAGUUCCAGCGGAUUGGAAACCUGCACCGCGCGCUGGAGGCACUGCACGAGGCGCUCUACGUGCUGCACCAGACGUGUGGGCCAAUCCAUACGUCCAUCGCGUCGUGCUACUCGACAUUGGCUCUCGUACACCAGCAGAUCGGGGACUUCGCGAAUGCACUGUCGUAUCAGCAGAAAGCGAUUGUGAUCUGGGAGAUCGUCUCGGGUUGGGACGAUCCUGAGGUGGCCUUGGGUUACAGCAAUCUUGCUUUGUACUCGUACAAUGUCAAGCAGUACCGCAGGGCCUUGCAGUACAUGGGGCGUGCAGAAUAUCUGCUGCAGCUGCAGUGCGGUCAGAAUCAUCCUGACGUGGCUGGAAUCUACAUCAACACCGCGAUGAUCCACCUAGACUUGAAUCAUGUCAAGACAGCAUUGCGAUACUUGCACAAAGCUCUCAAGAUCAAUGAGACCAUGCUGGGUGAGCAACACCUUGCUACUGCCAACUCCUUCCAUGCCACUGCUGUGGCACUGGUAAGGAUGCAGGCGUUCCCGCUGGCUGUUAAGAACGAGAACAAGAAUUACGAGAUCCUGAAAGCCUACUACGGCGAAUCAGACCCACGCGUGAUGGAAUCAGCAAGACUUGUUGUGGAAUACACAGCGAAGGCAAAGUUGCAGGCUCAGAACAAGGCCGGGGCGGAGGAUGCGAAUGGGAAUGCAGCUGAAAAGCUGCGAGCUGUAGUGUUCUCACAGGGAGGCGUGCAGGCCGAUAAGGAUGCAAGCAAGGACGGAGGAGACGCUCCUGCUGUUGGACAGAAAUUUAAGAACACCACAAGACUCGGAAGAAACAAGAGAGAAAAUGAGAACGGGGCGAGGACAGUAGAGGUUUCGUGAGAUAUUCUUUGAGCUUAGCAAUGAACACACCACACUG